AUGCUAAUUGUAGCUUUUAUUUUGCGAGUCUCCUUGUGGAGCUCCGUGGCUGAAGCUAGACGAGGGGUCGUGGCCGAUCUGCAUGACAGGUCCUUCGAGAUGCUAAUCGCCGGCGGCCAUCUACCGGACAGUUCGUUUCUGGUGAGGCACAUCGUCUCCAUACGAACCCUCAACUACAUCGAGUUCAGGGGCGACAACCACUUCUGCAGCGGCAUCCUGCUCAGCAGUCGGGCAGUGUUGACAGCCGCCCACUGCGUCACUGACUGGUUCAAGGCCCCCAUGAACCCGAGGGCCCUGCUGAUUGUGUUCGGAAGUAGACUGCGGCUGGCCUUCUACGACGUCGCCGAGUGCCGACGCGUGGACCGUCUGGUGUUGCAUCCCGAGUACAAGCGCUACAAGGAGAACGAUCUGGCCGUGCUGCAGCUCAGUCAACGCAUCCCCAGCAACAUGCGCCACGUGCGACCACUGGUGACUCGUGACAGCUCCGGCUUCGCCACCGCGGGCAAGCGCUGCAUCACCAUGGGCUGGGGCCAGGUGUAUCCGCACGGCCCCUACUCGAAUCAAAUUCUCGCGCUGGAUGUCCUGAUUCGCAACCACAGUUUCUGCGAGGGAAAGAUCCCGUCGUACAACAGAGCCGGGCAUCUGUGCGCUGAGCCCGAUGCCGACGGCGAGUUCUGUCCUGGCGACAUGGGCGGACCCCUGAUAUGCGAGGACUGGCUGGCCGGAAUCAUUGGCGGCUCCCACCUCUGCGAGGGCGGCAAAGCCAUGAAGUUCACAAAUUAUAUGCAUCACGAAAAGUGGAUCCAAAAGACGGUUCUCGCUCUGACUGCGCAAGCAACCGAUCCCUUCUCUCCAACUAACACGCUUUUCCUGUUGCUACUCUCCCAAUUGUUCAGCUUCAUAAUUCAUUGA